AGACUAGGUAGGUGGACAGUGCCGAGACGACAUCACAUAUGAGCCGGGGCUCGCAAAAUAACCCUCUAUCGAGAAUCCUCCGCCCACUACGAUAUUACUAGGAACGCCGUCUACUGUUGCACUGUACAUAUUAUAGCCCAUGUAAGGUGGGCAGGCUGUUGUUGCCAACAAGAUCGUCUCACAUGAAGAUCGGCUCGACCAGCCGGCAAACAGGCUCGUUGACGGACCCUUUAUUGAGAAACCCUUGUCCGCUAGCAUCCCAGGUACUCGAAGCACCCCAGACAGACACCAUCAGGCCUGGCUGAUGCCCCCAUUGCUCAGAUCUCGCGAUACUCCAACCGGCAUAUUUCCCUGCCUGAUCCUCACGCUCAGUGCGCCGUGGUAGAAAGCUAACCAGCACCUCAGAGCCACCCCAUCUCGCAGCGGCUCGAGCGCGUCCCCACCGCGCGAACACCAUGGCCCUGGUCUCAGGCAUUGCCGAUCUUGUCUCGGACGUAUUCGUGGUGUGCUCGCCGAUCGCGGUCCUGCACCACCUGCGCGCCGGCAGCGUGGCGGGCUUCGCGUCCUCGGUCGCGCUGUCGCUGCUCGCCUACGCGGCCGUGAUCGCCGCGCGCGGCAGCCUCCUCGGCUGCCCGCGCGCCGCCUUCGAGCCCGACUCGGCCUUCUACCUCUGGUCCGCCGUCGAGUUCAACCUCUUGUUUUGCCCCGUAGCGCUCCUCUCUGCCGCGUCGUCGCUCAAUAGCUUCGGCCUCAUGCUCCCCGCGCCCCCGGAGGCUUUGCCGGGGCCAGGCACAGACGGCGGGUAAAAUAUGGCGCAGAGGAACUGAUGUGUUUCUCACAUUGUGAUUUCUUUUCAGAGCAAGGUCUCCUGUGGUUUGGGCUCAUCAUGUGUUAUGCUGUAUUACCUCUAGCUAGCUAAUAAGGCCAAAUUUGUUGGACCGCAGAGUGUAGGUAAUGAUUCUCACAUCAUUCAUUAGCUACAAUAUAUUAGUCGG